CGAGGACAAUUCGAAAGCGCACACUGUCCAAACAGCGUGCUGAGCGCUUUUUUUCAGUUUCCAGAUGACGUCCUUCAGUCAUGUCUUCUUGUCGUCCCUGCGCUUGGCUUGCUGUGGAAAGCGUAGAAUGCACAAAUGUGCAUAUAGCAAUUCCUGGAGGAAGCCAAACCAGACUCAGAGUUUCUGCUCCAGUUCUUCAUUCACACCAGACUGCCAGAGCAGAAGCACGAAGCAUUUGUCUUUGCCGGCUGACCAAGAACCACACACUCCAGUCCUGCUGAAAGAGGUCCUGCAGUACAUGGACAUUAAACCAGGCCAGGUUGUCUUAGAUAUGACCUUCGGUGGUGGAGGUCACAGCAAGGCCAUCCUGAGUUCUGUGCCAGGAGUGACCUUGGUGGCUGUGGAUCGUGAUCCUGUGGCGUUCGGCUUUGCGCAGCAGCUCGCAGAGGAAUACCCGGGCCAGGUCAAGCCUGUUCUUGGACGUUUCAGCGAAUUAAAGGACCUGUUCAUCAGGCUUGGUUUAGAAAACAGAAGUGUGGAUGCUGCCUUGUUGGAUGCUGGCUGCUCAUCAAUGCAGAUGGACAUGGCAGAGAGGGGCUUUUCUCUCCGCAAGGACGGACCACUGGACAUGAGAAUGGAUGGAGACAGGUACCCCGGCAUGCCCUGCGCGGCUGACGCCGUCAGCGCUUUAGAUCAGCGGGCGCUUGCGUGUGUGCUGGCUGCGUACGGGGAGGAGCAACACGCCAAGAAAAUCGCGGCGGCCAUCGUGCAGGCACGCAGCCUGUAUCCCAUCAGCCGGACGCAGCAACUGGCCAGCAUUGUCGCAGGUGCAUUCCCAGCUAGUGCUCUUUACGCUCGCCGUGACCGCCUGCAGAGGCCCUCGCAUGUGGCCACUAAAACCUUCCAGGCGCUGCGUAUUUUUGUGAACGACGAACUGAACGAGCUUGUAGCGGGACUCCAGACAGCUCAGGACUUCCUCCGGCCGGGUGGUCGCCUCUGCGUCCUCACGUUCCACUCGUUAGAGGACCGCAUCGCUAAGCGCUUCCUCAGAGGAGAGGAUCUCAGCGCCCCGCCACGCCGCAGUAUCCGCCAGAGGGCACGCGCCCACCUCCAGAGGAAACCAGAAGAAGAGGAUGAUGAUGAUGCAGAGGAAGAGGAAGGAGGCAUGGAGAGCGUCCACUGGGUCAGACUGCAGAGGAAAGUCGUGCUUCCCAGUAAGGAGGAGGUCGGCGAGAAUCCGAGAGGAAGAUCGGCUAAGCUUAGAGCAGCCGUGAGGCGAUAGGCAGAGCUCCUGAUCCUGAACUUUGACUGUAAAGAGAGGCUUUUACUGAGAUUAAUAUCAGUGCAGAGUACAAACUAGUCUGCUCUUGACAGCAGAUAAACUCUUUAAAAGUGUUCAGUGUGAAAUGGAUUAUUGCCUGGUAAAAAAUUCAGUGGAUAAAUAAUCAUAAUUUAUUGUGAAUUAAUGUGUUUUCUGUAUACAAUUGACACUUUUUAUUGUGUGUAUAUGUGUGUGUAUAUGUGUGUGUGUGUGGGUGGACAAAGGGUAUGACGUGCUGAGCAGUAAGCUUUUAUAAGACCUGCUAUUAUUGUAAUUGCAGUAAUGUAGGUUCAGAUCAACCACACUAUUUUCUUUUCAGCUUCAGGCCAUAUUAUAUAAAUGGAUCUCUUUUGUCCAGGCGCAGGGGUAAUUUGCUGAUAUAACACCUGUGUAUUGCUUACUUGGCUGUGCGUUUAUGCUUAGUUGCCUUUUUCAUUUGGUAUUUCCAAAUUGGAGAUAGGACUCGGACUCGCAGGCUGCAUUGCUGCUGCACUCUGGCUUGUUUUUAUACGUAGCAAAAACAAACAAGCUACUAGAUGUGAACGAGGCAUAUAGCACAGCCGGUUAUUUCUACCGUUAAAUUAUUGAUGUGAAAUCUAUACAUGCCAUAUGAUCAUAUUUCAUUAUGGAAAAGUCACUGUCCUGUGUGAGCGUGAAGAUGUGCUGAAGAAGAAGUGUAUUUGAUGCCAGAUCACAGCGACAUAUCUUUGCCUGUACAUAAGCUAAGCGUAAUGAUGCUGCUGUUUCCUGUAUUAAUAUCAUGAUAAUACAGAUUACAGACGCUUUACCACUUGGCUUUGAGUAUUUGAGAAACUGCUGAUUCCCUGUGGUUUUCAGGCACGGUGGUCUCUAGAGUUUACACAGAAUAGCGCGAAAAUCUUGGCCUUCAUGGUCAUGGUCUUGGCCAUGUUAGUAGUUGGAUUCUUACUGAUUGUAUGGGGUGGACAGGAGUCUUAAUGCAGCUAACGACCUCAAACAGGUGCAUCUAAUUUAGGAUAAUAAAUGGAGUGGAGGGGCACGGUGGCUUAGUGGUUAGCACGUUCGCCUCACACCUCCAGGGUUGGGGGUUCGAUUCCCGCCUCCGCCUUGUGUGUGUGGAGUUUGCAUGUUCUCCCCGUGCCUCGGGGGUUUCCUCCUCCUCAUGCAUGGUAGGUUGAUUGGCAUCUCUGGAAAAUUGUCCGUAGUGUGUGAUUGUGUGAGUGAAUGAGAGUGUGUGUGUGUGCCCUGCGAUGGGUUGGCACUCCGUCCAGGGUGUAUCCUGCCUUGAUGCCCGAUGACGUGCCAGAAAAUGAAUGAAUGAAUGAAUGAAUGAAUGAAAUGGAGUGGAGGUGGACAUUUUAAAGGCAGACUAAUAGGGCUUUGAGGGUCAGAAUUCUAGCUGAUAGACAGGUGUUCAUUCAUUCAUUCAUCUUCUACCGCUUAUCCGAACUACCUCGGGUCACGGGGAGCCUGUGCCUAUCUCAGGCGUCAUUGGGCAUCAAGGCAGGAUACAC